AAACAAAAAAAAGAGAACCUUGACGCCGUUUCUUUACUUUAUUCUCUCUCAAGUACUGUCUCCUUACUGUCACUGAGAAACAACAACAUGGCCAUGGCAACGAGGACUCUGAGCUUUGUUUUGCCUACGAGCUUAUCCUCCCAGCCGUCACUCGAUCGUCGCGGUGGAUUUAGGGUUUCGGUCAUCCGAUGCUCUGCUUCUCCACUCACUUUUUCAUCCUCUGGUGUUGCCGAGAAACCUUGGAUUUCGUACAAUGCUAGGCUUGUGUUAGAAGACGGUUCCAUCUGGCCGGCUAAGACCUUUGGUGCUCCAGGAACCCGUAUUGCGGAAUUGGUGUUUAACACUUCCUUGACUGGGUAUCAAGAAAUUCUAACUGAUCCUAGUUACGCCGGGCAAUUUGUGCUUAUGACAAACCCACAAAUUGGUAACACUGGUGUCAAUCCCGAUGAUGAAGAAUCUGGACAAUGCUUUCUUACUGGUUUGGUGAUAAGAAAUCUCAGCAUCAGUACCUCAAACUGGAGAUGCACCAAAACACUUGCCGACUAUCUAACUGAAAGGAACAUCAUGGGAGUUUAUGAUCUUGACACUCGAGCAAUAACCCGUCGCUUAAGAGAAGAUGGUAGUCUUAUCGGGGUUUUGAGUACAGAACAGUCCAAAACAGAUGAUGAACUUCUGCAAAUGUCUCGUUCAUGGGAUAUCGUAGGUAUUGAUCUAAUAAGUGAUGUUUCAUGUAAAUCUCCCUAUGAAUGGGUCGACAAAACAAACCCUGAAUGGGAUUUCAACACAAAUUCACGUGAUGGGAAAUCCUACAGAGUUAUCGCUUAUGAUUUUGGAAUCAAGCAAAACAUCCUAAGACGCCUAUCAUCUUAUGGGUGUCAAAUCACUGUUGUUCCGUCUACAUGGCCAGCUUCCGAGGCCCUGAAUUUGAAUCCAGAUGGGAUUUUGUUCAGCAACGGACCUGGAGACCCUUCUGCUGUGCCAUAUGCUGUUGAGACAGUUAAAGAGCUUCUCGGUAAAGUCCCUGUUUACGGAAUCUGUAUGGGUCAUCAGUUGCUCGGCCAAGCUUUGGGUGGUAAAACCUUCAAGAUGAAGUUUGGCCAUCAUGGUGGAAACCACCCAGUUCGUAACAACAGAACUGGCCAGGUGGAGAUCAGUGCUCAGAACCACAACUAUGCGGUUGAUCCAGCUUCACUUCCUGAAGGCGUAGAAGUGACGCAUGUCAAUCUGAAUGACGGAAGCUGUGCAGGUCUAUCUUUCCCGGCAAUGAAUGUCAUGUCUCUCCAGUACCACCCUGAAGCCUCCCCUGGACCUCACGACUCUGAUAACGCAUUUAAAGAGUUCAUUGAGCUUAUGAAGAGAUCGAAACAGAGCUCAUAAAUCAAUGGGAAGUAAUCUUUGUUUUGUACUACUUGCUGUUUUAAAUCAUCACACUUGAAUUAUAAUAUCAACUGUUUUGUUAGUAACAACAAUGGAGUUGCAUUAUUGUUUUCGUUGUGACUGUAUUAAGGAACCAUCCCACCUAUUAAAAAUAAUUAAGAAUUCGUAAAA